AUGCAACCACUCGUGCUUCACCCCCCGAGCCUCACGACCGCCCAAUUUGGACAACCCCGGUUCGACUCGGGCCCUGAGCGGCUGUUGAAUCGACCCUGGACUAUCAAUGCUCGAGGGUGUAGCCCCCGGGCUCCUCUCCCCCGUCAAUCGAUGUCUGGCUCUCCUCAUACCGACGAGCCAUCGGUGACAUCUGGAGAGCCCAAUCCUGUGGUAUAUCCCGCAGUAACUUCACCACAAACAACGACCACAGAUUCUCCCAUCCCUGCCAUUUCCGCGCCAUCACUGCCGCCGGCGGUAGUGAAUGACUCUUUAUUAUCAUCUAUCCCUCCCAGGUAUGGUGAUCAAGCUCCUCCAGCAUUUACUGGGUCUCCGGUCCAACAUCAACAUCAACAUCAACUUGAACAUCAUCAUCAAAUUGAACAUCAUCAUCACCACCACCAUCGACAUCAACAACAACUUCAGCAUCACCACUCUGGAGCACCAUCCUACCCAUUGUCAACAUUAGAAUCUCCAGUGACCGGAUCCUCAAACCGUUCAUUAGCACAGAAAUCGACUCGACGCACCAAGGCCCAUGUAGCUUCAGCAUGUGUGAAUUGUAAGAAAAAGCACCUUGGAUGUGAUCCGGCAAGGCCCUGUCGACGAUGUGUUCUAGCUGGAAAAGCUGUAAUUGCGAAACUGACGUCGAACAAGUCUUCCUGUGUGGACGUUACACACAAGAAGAGGGGGCGGCCACCAUUGAAAGCUGAGGAUUCUUCUCUUCGAUCUUAUACAACACACAUGGAAAGUCCCAACGUUUCAAUUGAAGCUCAAUCAUCCUCCAUGGCCGCCCAACGAACCAUCUUGCACCGAGCCACCUCGUCCCGAGAACUUCGACCGAUGACUGACCUCCAGGCGAUGGGCGAACCCUCUCCGACAGCAGCAACCAUGCGGAUGCCACGGAAUCAGCCUCAUAGAUGGUCUGCAUCUGUAUUUCCCUUGACUCGUCCGAUGGAUCCGUCUCCGACAAUGCCAGUCAAUGCGGGUCGACGACCAUUUUCAUCCUCGGGGCCGGCCUCUUACGCACCAGUACAACCGCAUCCGCCACCUGCAUUUAUCCCGAUUACGAGUGGAUUUAACCCAGUACUGAAUACGCCAGUUGUUCCUCCUGGAAUGGAUAGAAGAUACCCUCCAUAUGUGGGCCCGGCUUUGCCACCGCCAACAUCGCCUCAGCAACACCAACCAGCGGGGACUCCAUAUCUACCAUAUACAGAGUCGCCAGCAAGCACCGUCCAUCAACCGAUGAGCGAUCCUCGUAUGCCCCCAGGUCCUCGUGAGCCCUACCUCGAAUCCCCUGUUCGGCUACCUCCAAUCCACCAAGCAACCGCCAGCCCGGUCUCCCACCACGCCCACCGGCUCAGUGAUCCAUAUCCAGCAACUUGGAUGAACUCAAGCUCCAGUCGUGAAGAAAAUCGUGAACCGCGAUCACCGAUUACGCUGCAGAGACCGGCGGGGUCGCUCUUUUCGCACACGACACCACGCCAGCACCAGCGAUCUAUCUCCUCAACCGGUCCUCUCGACCCUAUUCCUCGACACCUGGGACCUAUCGACCUACCUUCCCCUGUUCAUCUUGGUCACUCGCCUCCCAUACCAGCACAACAGCACGCACCAUCCGGCACCGAGGCCGAGGCUGGCGAAUCAAGACCCAUCAAACGGCGAAGAAUGGCUCUAGACGAUAUGGUGAACGGCUAG